AAAGUGCGAGGUGGGCAUUUGGUUUUGACAGUCAGUACUGUCACACUCAUUUCGAAAGAUGUUGGGUACGGACGACCACAGGGACAAUCGGAAACGUAACAGCACAGGAAUGAAACGUCCUUUUGGCCCGUCGUCUGUGCUGGAGGCUGGGGGAGAUGGGAGUGUGUUAGGAGGAGCGCUGCUGACUGACAUCAAGGCGUGCUGUGACCCCCAGGGGGAGCAGCCAGGGCCGGACGGGAGUGCCCUGCCGUCCUCGGACCACAGCAGGCCCAAGAGGGAGAGGAAACAGCGGAGCUACACGCUGUGUGCCGUGUGCAAUAUCCAGCUCAACUCGCCGGCCCAAGCCCAGAUCCACUACAACGGCAAAUCCCAUCAGAAGAGGCUCAAACAGGCCAGCAGUGGUCAGGUCCAGCUCGGCAACACAGGCACCUCUGCCCAGGGCAACCCCCUCCUGGCCUCCCUGCCUGGCCCCGGACGACCCCUACAGCCCCAGCUCGACCUCAAGCACUUCCUGCCCUUCAGGCUCAAUGGAUCUUCCCCACUCAGCCUCUUCCCCAACUUCAACAAUAUGGACCCUGUUCAGAAGGCGGUUAUCAACCACACGUUUGGAGUCCCUCAGCCACUUAAAAAGAAACAGGUCAUCUCCUGCAACAUCUGUCACCUGCGCUUCAACUCCACGAACCAGGCCGAGGCACAUUACAAGGGGCACAAACACGCCCGGAAGCUGAAAGCCAUGGAGGCCCAGAAGAACCGCCAGCGUCGGCUUGGGGAGGCCUCGUCCGUGGGCCGGGACCGGGAUCGAGACAGAGAACGGGACCGAGAGAGGACUAAGGCGGCGGUGGCUGUUCCAGUCCCCACGGAGACCCUCCCCGCGCUCACAGAGAAAAGCCUGGUGGAGACGGCCCACUUGUUGCCUGCUGAGCUGGAACCAGUGGCAAAGCGGGAACAAAGCCCUGGCCCCAGCAUCUCGGUGAUGCUGACCCCUGUGUCUGAGGUGUCCUCCGUGGAGCUGGCCACUUUGUCUCCCGGUCCUCAGGGAGAGGUGUCACCCUCCUCCCAGGCCUCAGAGAGUGGGGCCUCAGACACUAGUGGCAUCGAGGGGGGCCCAGAGGCCCCUGGAACUGCCCUUGAAUCAGGCAGUCAGCCGGACACCUCCAGUACAGAGGGGUGUGAGGACGACAAGGACCCCAAGGGGAGCAAGCCACACCUCCACUGUCCUGUUUGCAAGGUCACAGUCAACUCUACCUCCCAGCUUGAGGCUCACAACAGUGGUACGAAGCACAAGCUGAUGCUGGAAGGCCAGAGUGUGCAGCCUCGGCGCCGGGGCAAGGUGGUGGCGGGGGCUGGGGGGCGCGCCGUCUGCAAGAGCAAGCGCCUGGGCACCAAGGGCAGCGUGGGAGUGCCCAGCAAGAACUUCCACUGUGAGGUCUGCGAGAUCUACGUCAACUCAGAGACCCAGCUCAGUCAGCACAUGAACAGCAGGAGGCACAGGGACCGUCUGGCAGGAAAGCCCCCCAAACCCAAGUUCAGCCCCCACAACAAGAGCCAGCCCACCUCCAGCUUAUCGAAUGUGCGAUGGGCUGGGUAUGCGGGGGGUGCAGUGUCUGCCAUGAAGAAGAUGUUCAGCCAGUACAACCUCACCUCUUUCUCUACUCAGACCAAACUGGCCUUGCAGAAGCAGCUGACCAAGAGCUUGACGACUGGCUUCUUGCCCAGCCCCCUCGCCCAGCCCACCCUGUGCACCAUGGCAGCCAACCCCCUGGCCCUGCGCCAUCCGGCUGGCACCACCUUCUUUCAGACGCCAUUCCUGAGCCCUACGCUGUUCCGGCCCGCACCCGGGCCCCUUAGGGCCACUCACCCCUCCAUCAUCUUCUCUCCUUAUUAAUGACACAGUACAGCCCCCCCCCAACCCUGUUCCUUUGAGCUCCGCCCCCACCCCCCUUCUACCAACCCCCACUAACUCUCCCUUGUGGUGACCCACAUGACGAGGGCCGUGCUAUUCGUAAACUAUGCAGCCCCCAGGAGCCGGGAUGGAUAUAGCAGAGAGAGAGAGAGAGAACGAGAGAGAACGAGAACGAGAGAGAGCACACCUUGGCCCUCAGGUGACCCCGCUCCGGGGGCCCAACUAGCAACUGCUCCGGUCGUGGAGGACAAACCCCAGAGGCCACGCCUACUCCCUACCACGCCCUCCAUGUUUGCCCCUCCUCCAGUGGUUGGGGGCCCGUGGGACAGGAAACGGCUCCCGGGACACGCCGGUGCAGCCAGGAGGCCCUUUUACAGCCAUUUCGUGGGUCGACUUGGUUUGGAUUCUUGAUAUUAUUGUGUAAUUUAUUAGAGAACAAAAAUAGGAAAAUGUAGAUGUAUCUGUUUAGUGUGGUUGCCACAAAAUAAGGUCCCUUUACUUGAUACUACUCCUGAAGACAGUACGUUGUUCAUUGGUUUUUGUUAUCAUGUGUUGAGGUAGGGCUUGUGACCACCUUCAGCCAUAGUCUCCUACAGGCCUAUGGAUCAAGUGUGGGUGGGAUCUCUAAAACACCUAUUUUUCCAUGGAGGCCCUUCCAGCAAGCCACUCUCUCCUGUUUCUGGGUCUUUGUCAUAGGAACCCAGAGCCCUGAAUGAAUGUGCGGGAUUGAUGAUUAAGCCCUUUCUCUCCUUCUCAUUCGCUUCCUGUCUGUGAGUCACAGCCCAACACGGCCUUUCAUAGUUCAUUUUUUUACCCUGCUUGCCCGGGAUUAAGCACUCAUUAUGGUUUUAAAAAGGUCAGCUUGUCAACUUGAUUUUAUUUCAAGUUGCAGAACUGCCUGAAAAAAGAUCUUUGCUCGGGAACAUAAUUCACAUGGCAGUGCUUGUGGGGUUUGUCUGUGUGUAUUGCUCCCGUUAUGGAACAGGCGGCAGAAAAGAAUUUUUCCAAGACAUAGAUGUCUCAUAUUGUAAUCGGUUAUGGUUCCCUGUACGCCAGUGAAUUAAUAGUGUUUGAUCCCCCUCUAUACUGCCUCAACUGUCCUCCCUGAGCCAUAGUCCUUAAUUUUCUCAUGAGUUAUCUCAGCAGGUCGCUGACGGGUGGCAGUGAAUGACAAUUUCCCUGUGCCAAAAAACAACUAUGGGAUGGAAAUGACUUGAUGGGUUUUCAAAGCGCAAUUAAAGGUUUCUACUGUGAGGACUGAUGUGGGAGUGAUGGUGGCUGGGAGGAACACAUUACCCUGGUGACUGAUUGGCAGUAGAAAGAGGGAGGGAAACAAAGCACAGUGCCAUGGCAACCACAUUAAAAGCACCUUAAACAGAUUUACUCAUGAAAGCAAUCAAAAUAAGAAUUUCUUUGUCGUUGUUGUUAUUGUUAUCAUUCUUGGGGGUAAUAUUUCAAAUACUCACGUCACAUUGAUUUCAAUUUUUUUUUAAUCCCAAACAAUCAAGUUGUAAUUAUUUAAUUAUCCAUGAGUCAGACAGGUCUGAGUUCUGGACCGAGUUACAUUUUUAAAGCAAUACGUUCAAAUAAUGUGUAUGUGUUUUAGUGUGCAUAGUCAGUGGAAGCGAAUAGGCUGUGUGGAGGCCACUUUAGCCGAUUCUGAAGAACGUACCAGUAUCCCAGAGAGACGCUCCAUACUGUAGCGCAUUUGAACAGCCAGUUCCGAGCUGCCGGGGCUGAGUAAUUUGAAGUGAUGGUCUGUUCUUAUGGUAUUCGGCCUGAUGGCCAGUGUCAUGCUCCCGUUGUGACGGUGUAUUGAUUUGGGCUGUGAAUACGAUGGGAUCGAUCGGUCGAUGAACUCUCACCUGUUACAGAGAGCAGGACACAGCCAUGGAUACCACAGACCCACCGGUGGCAUAGAUGCCACCCGGGUACAGUACGAGACAGCGUUCUUGUGAUCCCCCUCUCUUAAACGCACGGACCCGCCCUGAAACUAACACACAGGAGGUCUCACCAGAUCAGACCCAACACGCGGUGAGAUUUUCAGACUUAUCCAACCGUGCCAACGUUACUGGUUAUAUUACCCACACCCAAACCUUUCUACUUAAGCUACAGCAGAAUUGGGAAAUCCUAUGCAGUUUGGUUGUUCUCUUCCAUUCAGUCGGUGCAAUAAUGUCUGUGUGUAAUGCAGCAGCGCCACCUGCAGGGAAGACUGUUACUGCCCUUCCAGAUCAAACCCACCCCUGUCUGUCUGUCUGUCAUCUCAAACCUCUUGGAUUCUGAACACGUUUCUGUUUGAGGCCUUUGUCUUUGGGAAUAUGAAGCCAAGCCACCACGUCUCUUUGCCAUACCAGUGUGAUUCUCCCCAGUCACAGUGAGUUACUCAGUGAACCAACCAGCCUAUUGAUCACCAGUGUUUGUCUUCAUGUCUGUCGGUCUGUCUAUAACAUUACAUCGGAAAUCUGAGAUAUUACAGACGUUUAAGGACAUUUUUAUUAAAUACAUUUAAAAAGAAGUCUAGAAGGCAAAAUAUCUAUGUAGAGAAUAUAGAGUAAAUAUAGAGAUUUUAUUAAAGUGGCUAUUGUUAUAUUUAUCUUGAUGAAACGCCAUCUUAGUGUAGGGUAGACUUGAAAGAUGUAGGCUGUGUACAGCGGAUGGACAAAUGCUGUAAAGGAAAAGGAGAAUGACUUUGCUUGUGUUUUCUUGUUUGUUUUAUUUACAUGGUUUUACUGUACUUGUUUUGUUUUUUUAACCUGCAAAAGAGACAAAUGUUGAAACGAGAAAUGGUUGAGUGAUUUUUUUCGAAUUGAAGUAAUAUUGAGUCGUAGAGAUGAAUCAAUGGACAACACAACAGAUAUUGAAGAAAAUGGAUACAGAACAUGAAAGUAAAUGCUUGUUGGUCUGUCAGAGCUCACAGUCAUGAAUGCCAUGUUGUCCAUCUCAUCUGAGCCUCUCAAACUUCAGGGACGGUCUAGGGACCCAUGGAGAGUAGACCAGCCCAGACACAAAGCUUAGUCCUGGGUACAACGAGAGAUGAGUAGCCUGGUCAGGAAUGGCAUGACCGUGAAUAAAACAAAGCAUGAUGAUUAUAUUCUCUUCUAGACCUGAGCCAUAUGGAUCAAAAACCAUCUCACAAUAAUCUGAAUUUCAAGCAAUAUUUACACAUUGAACUACUUCUCUAGGGCCCAUGACGUUAUUUUAUGUUUGUCUUGGUUUUGUUACUUCACCCAUUUGACCUCCUAUUAGUUUGAUUGUUGUACCCAUUAAUUGACCUAUUACUAAUCAGUGAUAUUAACAAACACACUUUAUUUUGAGUUUUCUAGUAUAGUUGGUUACUUACUGUAGUGAUACAAUAUCAGGAAAAUGCCUACAAAAUGCCUGCAACACGAUAUCAGCAAAAUGCCUGCAACACAAUAUCAGCAAAAUGCCUGCAACACAAGGUCAGUUUGCUCAGGUGUCAAUCAUCUUCCUUCUUCUCAUCCCAGCUCUAUUUCCUCACAUGUUCACAGUUGCAGAGGGAUGAAAUGUCAGAUAUCGAUCAGUCAACCACUGACAUUGAUUUCAACAACAGAAAAGGUGUGGGAAGUAAUCAUAGGCUACAAACUUACAAGGCAUCCAUGUUUAUAGUGUGUAUGUAUGUGUGUGUGUGUGCCUUCCCCCUUAUCUAUAUUAGCAUACAUAUUCAUAUCACUGAUGCCAAAACACAGCUAUCAUUUGCCUCUAUUGUUGAAGGCAAACACAUCCAUGAGAAUGACAAGGCCCCAUCAGAGCACUCCUGCCUUGGUGACACGGACACCCACGACACGCUCAGGGCCGACAGACUAGAUGAUACUCUGGUUCAUCUGCACAGUAUUCACUCUGGAAGGCUUCCAGGUGCUGGAGACAAUUAGGUUCUGAACAGUGUAACGGAACAAUACUGAAGUCCAGUAGACCAAUGCAGCUCUGGUCAUUGCUUUCCACAACAGUCCCUCUCUCGGUGUCCAGAGUGGGUUCCAUCCUUGUUCUCGUGUGCUCGUCAGAUCUGAAGCCAGUUAGCGGGUCUCAGCGAUAAUAAUGUGAGACAUCAAAUGAGCGUAUGUCUUGAGACUGUUUCGGGAAUAUAAGGACUUACAACCAACCUUUCAUAAUAGCGUGCAUUUUACCAGCUUUUCAUUUAUUCACUUUGCGUCAAUGUCCGUGUUCAUUUGAAGGUGAACUCAUUGUCCCGUACAAAUUACAUUGUUGGACAAGGCUGCAUACCGACAGGUCCUUGCUCUAGCUUUAUCCAUGUGGAAACCUCAAGUCACACCUCUCCUGGUGUUAAAACAAAGAAGUGAUUCAUAGCCAUGUAUCUGAAGCCAGUGUCAGUAAAGAAGGACACUGGAACCUGGGCAGAUAUUCACCCAGCCGCUAUACAGUACAAAACACUAGUAUGGAUCUACACCUGCAUGCUUUGGAGUGACGCCUGUUUGUGUUGCCGUAUUGGUCAGUCAGUCUGUUUGUAACUUGUCCCUCUGUCUCUGUAUCGGGCCCACAAGGAUACAGGGUCAACACACCAUGUCCAACUGUACAGUAUAUAUUGAUAUCUGUGACCGUGUGUUUUCAAUUUCUAGCCGAUGAGACGUUAACAUGUACAAUAAUGAUUAAGAUUAUCCAUGAGGGAACAUGGCCAGUAUUUCUUAAGAUGCCUUUGUCAUUACAUUCAAUGUGCAUUUGAUUACCAUGAUCUUUAUGAUGUACCAUAAAAAUUGUAAGGUGGAAAGAAAAUAAGAUAUUUUAAUAAGAUAUUGAGUCUUUGGUUCAACUGUUUGUUCUUCUGUCUGUAUAGAUAAUGCCAGGUUGGAUCCGAGUGGCAGAGAAGUGCAUGGGAGAUUGGGAAAUAGACUGAGGGAGAAGUUGCGGAAUGAAAUAAAUCAAUUAGAUCGCCCACUU